AUGGCAUCUGGUGGGUUUGUUGACUUCUUUCGGAAGCAAAAACUCUCCGGUGAACUCUUGAAGAAGUUGGAGACAACAUACCUAACUGUCAAUGCAGUGCUUGAAGACACGGAGGAAUUGCAAGUUACAAAGCCUGCUGUGAGAAGGUGGCUUGAUGAGCUGAAAGAUGCAGUCUAUGAUGCAGAGCACGUCUUGGAUGAGAUUGCUACUCAAGCCUUGCAAAGCGAGUUGGACGCUGAAUUUCAAACCACUGCAAGUAAGGUACAAAAGUCCAUCUUUGCUUUUCGUAAUUCUUUUGUUGAAGAAAUAAAGCCAAUGAUACAAAAGAUAGUUGGCAGGCUAGAAUCUCUAGCACGGCAAAAGAAAACAAUAGGUCUAACAGAAGGUGGUGGAGGGAAAUCAUCUGAAAUAUUUGCCACGUCUUCUUUGGUUGAAGAAUCUGAUAUUUGUGGUAGAAAUGAUGAAAAGGAUGCAAUAAUUAACUUGUUGCUCUCAAACGAGGCACGUGGCAAUGAGAUGAGUGUGAUUGCUAUAGUGGGCAUGGGAGGGAUUGGCAAAACCACUCUUGCUCAGCUUCUAUACAAUGACAAAAGGGUGAAGGAGUACUUUGACCUUGAUGCAUGGGUUUAUGUUUCCAAAGAAGUUGACGUGACCAAGGUAGCAAAAAAAAUUAUGAAUGGGUUAUCCUUGUCAACCCAUGAUAUUAUGAGUCAAAACCAAAAAACCCAUGAUAUUAUGAUUCAAAACCAAAUCCAUGAUGCUAUGAGUCUAAACCAACUCCAACUUGCACUCAAGAAGAAAUUGACAGCGAAGAAAUUUUUAAUAGUUUUAGAUGAUGUUUGGAAUGAGAAUUAUUUUAAUUGGGAGGACUUAAGUAAACCUUUAAAAUCUGGGGCACGAGGAAGUAAGGUCAUCGUAACGACACGUGAUCACGAAGUUGCAUUAGUUAUGCGUGCUAGUUCAACUCAUCCUCUAAAGAAGUUACGAGAAGAAGAUUGUAGGUCAUUAUUUACAAAACAUGCUUUCUAUGAUGGUAACCCUAAUGCACAUCCACAACUAGAAGAGUUAGGUAGACAAAUUGUUGAAAAAUGUGAUGGCCUUCCUUUAGCAAUAAAAGCAAUUGGAGAUCUCUUGAGGUAUAAAUUGGAUGUUGAUGAAUGGAAUAAGAUAUUGAAGAGUGACUUAUGGGAUUCGCCAAUUGACAGGACAAAAAUUCUUCCUGCUCUAAGAUUAAGCUACAAGUAUCUCCCAUCACAUCUAAAGCGAUGCUUUGCUUAUUGUUCAAUAUUUCCAAAGGGUUAUAUUUUCAAAAAAAACAAGUUAGUCUUAUUAUGGAUGGCAGAAGGUUUCCUAUAUGAAUCUAAAAAUAUGACAAUGGAAGAAGUUGGUGAUAAUUACUUCUCUGCUCUCGUAUCAAGAUCAUUAUUCCAACAAUCAAGUGGCAAUAAAUCACUUUUCACGAUGCAUGAUCUUGUGAACGAUUUAGCAACAUUUGUGUCUGGAAAAUUCAAUCUAAGGAUGGAGGGUGAUUAUUCUGGAGAAAAUGCGAACAAGGUUCGUCAUUUGUCAUAUGUUAGAGAAGAAUUUGAUGGCUUUAAGAAGUUUGAGGCUCUUUAUAAGACUAAGUUGUGCACUUUCUUGCCAAUAGACUUGUCUCAUAGUUACUUUUCCUACUUAACAAAAAAGGUACCACAUGAGUUAUUGCCUAUGCUAAAGUGCUUACGUGUGCUCUCUCUGGCUCUUUACUACAAUAUGACUGAAUUGCCAGAUUCAAUUGGCAAACUUACACACCUGCGUUACUUGGAUCUCUCUUCCACUAGAGUUCAAGAAUUGCCUGAUUCCAUAUGUAAGUUGUGCAAUUUACAAACAUUAAUUUUGUCACAAUGUGGAAUGCUUAUUGCAUUGCCAAGCGAUAUGUGGAAACUCGUUAGUUUACGUCAUCUUGAUAUUACUGAUACUAGAAUAAAAGAGAUGCCAAUACAAUUGGGUAGAUUAAAAUGCCUACAGACGUUGACUAAAUUUAUCGUUGGCAAAGGGAGUGGGUCGUGCAUUAGAGAGUUGGAAAAACUUAUAAAUCUUCGGGGAUCGCUUUCUAUAUUGAAGCUCCAAAAUGUUGAAUCUUCUAUUGAUGCUCUAGAUGCAAGCUUGGAGAAUAAAAAGUACCUUGAAGAGUUGGUAUUAGAAUGGGAAAAUAAUGAUAAUUUUUCAGAAAGUCAGAAAAUUAUACUUGAUAGUCUCCGGCCCCAUACAAACUUGAAAAGCCUCGCUAUCAAAUACUAUUGUGGUAGAAGUCUUUCAGAUUGGAUAGGGCUUCCUUCAUUCUCUAAACUAGCGUAUCUUCGUCUACAAAACUGUUAUUAUUGCAGUAGCUUGCCAUCCCUUGGACAGUUACCCUCUUUGCAGAACCUCUCUAUUGUUGGGUUUAAUGAAGUUGUUAGAGUGGGUUCUGAGUUUUGUGGCAGCGGCGGUUCUUCUUCAGUUAACUCAUUUGGUGCCUUGAAAGUUCUAAAAUUCGAGGGUAUGGCAAAGUGGGAGGAAUGGGUUUUUUUUGGUGCUGAAAAUGGAGGUGUAGCUUUUUCUCAACUAGAAGAGCUUUAUAUCGAGGAUUGCCCAAAGCUAAAAGGAGGAUUGCCCGUCCAUCUUCCUUCUUUAACCAAACUUCAGAUUUGUUAUUGUCGGGGGCUGGUGGCUCCACUCCCAAAGACUCCUGCUAUUUGUGAAAUGCAACUAAGAAAUUGUAAUGGGAUACAGUUUGUGGAAUUGCCAACCGGAAUGCAAAUGCUCGGAAUUGAAGGAUUUUCCCUACGAGAGGGAAUAAUAGACUCCAAUUGCUGUCUUCAAGGGUUAGUAGUCCAUGGUUGUUCAUUUAAUUCCCUUUUUAUGGAUGGCCUUCCCUCUACAUUAGAAACCCUCGACAUAUCGAGCUGUUCCUCACCUGUGUCGAUAGACUCCAACAGCUGUCUUCAAAACUUAUCAAUCGCUUGCUGUCAUUCACUUGAGGGUAGUUUUCCCUCUACAUUGAAAACCCUUCAGGUUUACAAUUCCCAGACGCUCGAGCUCCCAACGCACCUGCACUAUUCAUCCCUUGAAACAUUGUCGUUGACCACUUUUUUUACUCCCGAUUCCUUUCCAUUAGAUUUAUUCCCAAAGCUUUAUCAACUCAAUUUGUGGCGGUGUGACAAUCUGAAAUCUCUUACGGUUCCAGAAAAUUAUGAACAUGAUUUAGUCACCUUGCAGAUUAAUAGUUGCAAUCGUUUUGUGUCAUUUCCAAACGGAGGAUUGCGUGCCCCCAGCCUUACAUCGCUUUCGAUCAUAGAUUGUCGGAGUCUGAGAUCGCUUCCUGAGAAAAUGGGCACGCUCCUUCCGUCUCUUGAGGUAUUGCUUGUAAGUCAAUGUCCAAAAAUUGAGUCUCUUCCUGAAGGGGGCUUGCCUUCCAAUCUGAAUUCAAUUGAGAUCGAUCGUUGUGACAAACUCAUUGCGAGUUGGAUGGGAUGGGGUUUGCAGAACCUCCCCAUUCUUAAAGAUUUGUCAAUCGGUGGAACAAGACAUGACGAUGCGGAGUCCUUCCUAGGGGCACGGUUGCUCCCCACCACUCUCACCUAUCUUUCCAUUGCCGACUUUCCAAAUUUGACAUCUUUCAAGGAGUUUCAACACCUUCGUGCUCUUCAAGUCCUGAAGAUUUCUAACUGUCCUAAGCUCAAGCACAUGCCAGACAAGAAGGAGUUACCUGCCUCUCUUUCUAUUCUAAAAAUCUCCGGCUGUCCUUUGUUGACAAAAAAAUGGCAAGGUAAAAGAAAAGGAAAAGAAUGGCGCAAGAUUGCUCAUGUUGAACAGAAAUGGAUUGAUUACCGUUUGAUUAUUGAAUAAGCCAAAGUCGAACAGCAAGGGUCCCCAGUUUCGAUACAUUUCAGCGUUUGCAGCUAUCUAGGAUGCUCUGUCCACUUGUUAAUUCUUCAUUUACUUCACUAUUCCGGACAUAAGCAGUUGAGUCAUUUAACAACCCAGAAUGAUCGAGAACUCCAUUGAGAAUUG